AUGGCUCCAGGUGAUCGAGAAGUAGAGGAAAACAAGAUGAUUGUCCCCGAAAAUUUAGAAGAAAUGCUAUCAACUCUCCCGAAAGAAAAAAGCUGGGGAGCUGGUGGGUGUUUCUACAAAUACCAAGGGUUUUGGUAUUCCAGCGUUUGGCUUUUAGGUACCAUUUGGGCACAACAAUGCUUCAAGGCUAGAGAGACUGACUUUCUCUUGGCAUCGUCUCCAAAGUCGGGCACAACCUGGAUGAAGGCCCUCAUGAUUGCUAUCGUAAACCGAAAGCACCAUGGAUCACUGUCAUCAUCAUCUCAUCCGCUGCUCAUCAAAAAUCCACAUAACUGCGUACCCUUCUUAGAAGUACGCGACCAAGAGCACAUGAUUGGAUCCAAUCCGAUCACGUACCUAGACUCUCUUCCUGCAGCAUCACCUAGGUUGCUUUCAACCCACAUUCCAUACUCAUCGUUACCAAAAUCCGUUUUGGCCGGUCGGAUUGUGUACAUUGCUAGGAACCCUAAAGAUGUUUUUGUUUCCUUCUGGAAAUUUUCGGAGCAGUUUGCGUCAAAAAAUAACCAAAAACUUCAAGAGUCACCAAGUAUUUCUAUGGAAGAGGCAUUUGAGUUGUUUUGCAAUGGGGUUUCAACUAAUGGCCCCUUCUGGGAUCAUGUUUUAGGGUACUGGAAAGCGAGCACGGAACGCCCUGAUGAGGUGCUGUUUGUGAAGUACGAGGACAUGAAGAGGGACACAAUGCACCAUGUGAAGAAGCUGGCUGAGUUCAUGGGGCAUCCUUUUUCGUCGGAGGAAGAGAGGGAAGGUGUGCUGCAAGAAGUGAUAGAGUUGUGCAGUUUUGAGAAUUUGAGUAACUUGGAGGUGAACAAAAGUGGGACAUUCCAAGUCCAUGUGGCGUCCCAAACCGGGCAAAAUCAGUUACAGGUGGACAACAGUGCCUUCUUCCGGCGAGGUGAGGUCGGAGACUCCAAGAACCAUCUGACACCUGAGAUGCUCGAGCGUCUUGACAAAAUCACACAAGAAAAGUUGGGCACUUUUGGUUUGGAACUUUAG